GCAAGCUGUGCACUACACCAGGCGUCAUGUCAGGGCUUAACACUUCUCUGGCCUACUUCUUAACUGUGGUUAGCACUUGUGCAGUUGGAAGGGUGCUGUUCGCCCGCUGGAAACAGCGGUGGAGUUUCCUAACAGAAUUCAUUGCUGCAUUUGCACUUGCUGCCUGUAGAUUAGAAGUGGAGACUAUUUCAGAGGUCGGACAAUGGGCUGGUGCACUGGGACCAGAUGUUGCAUUCACAAUACUUUUCCUAGCUAUAGUUAUCCAUGGUAUAAUCAUGCAAGGUGUGAGUGGCAAUCCAGCAGUGACCAUAAUGGGACUCCUCCAGAAAGAAACUUAUGCUGUCGGUGCUGUUCUUAGCGUUGCGUCACAAUUUCUUGGCGCAUACCUUGCCCUCGUAGUUGCUGGUAAAUACUGGGAAAUGGAGCUGACGGAUAUGCAUAUGAUCAAGAAUCUGAUGAUGGCAGAGUGUAGUACUUCUUUGCGAGCCACUGUGUUACAAGGAGCCUUUGCAGAAGCUAUUAGCGCGAUGACUUUUUACCUAGUUUACCUCAUCCUAAUGAACAGGACACAGCUGCUGAGAAUUCCCAUCUUGGCUUUUUUGCUAACUUUCUUCGCCUAUGCAGGAAAUAAUUACACAUCUGGAUAUGUGAAUCCGUCACUUGCCUUUGCACUUACAUUCACCUGUCCUGGACAUACCUUCUUGGAGUAUGCUGUUGUCUACUGGCUCGGGCCUCUUAUUGGUAUGAUUCUCGCACUGUUCCUGUAUUUGGGCAAUAUUCCAUUGCUGUUUAACAAGAAUCUACUUUACUCCAAGAAGGCACGAUUCCGGAUGCCCAAGGUGAAAAAUACUGAAGACAAUAAGACCAGCUAAGAGAGCCAGACAUGAAGAUUUGAAUUAAUAUGAUUACUUAAGGUUCUCUUGUAAAUAAUAGUUUUAUUUUUUAUCCCCUUUUUCUUCCAAUUUUGGAAUGCCUAAUUCCCGCUACUUAGUAGGUCCUCGUGGUGGCGCCUCAAUCUGGGUGGCGGGGGACAAGUCUCAGUUGCCUCUGUUUCUGAGACCGUCAAUCCACGCAUCUUAUCACGUGGCUCAUUGUGCAUGACACCGCAGAGACUCACAGCAUGUGGAGGCUCAUGCUACUCUCUGCGAUCCAUGCACAACUUACCACGCGCCUUACUGAGAGCGAGAACCCCUAAUCGCAACCACGAGGAGGUUACCCCAUGUGACGCCACCCUCCCUAGCAACCAGGCCAAUUUGGUUGCUUAGGAGAUCUGACUGGAGUCACUCAUCACACCCUGGAUACGAACUCGUGACUCCAGGGGUGGUAGUCAGCGUCAAUACAUGUUGAGCUUCCCAGGCCCCUGUAAAUCAUAUUUAAUUUUGUUGUUACUUUCUUUGAUAGUUGAAUAUAUCACCAAUGCCAAGCAAUAAAGUGACAAUUGUAUCAUUUUGUAAAGAAAUACAAAUCUGUUGCGAGCUUAUCAGGUUUCCUUUUUACGCUUCACAUGAAUAAGCAUCAAGUCCACAUUAUAAAACUUAAACUAGCACUUUUAAAAAUGUGAGAGAGAAAAAUAAACGUAUAGCCAGGCAUA